UAUUGUCGAGUAUUCUAAUGAAAAUUUUAUAAAAUAUUUAACAUAAAAAUCCUUUGUCUCAAAAAAAAACACAAAAUAUGCAAUGUAUUACUACUAUUUAUGAAUAUCCUAUGAGUUAAUUCAAUAUUUAAUAAACAAAAUGGAAGAAGAGUUACGGUGUUAUGUUUGUAAGGAAUUCUACAGAGAACCAGUAUUAUUACCUUGCGGUCAUGCUUUAUGUCGUGCCUGUGCUGUGAACCUGCAAUGCCAUGUGCAUGAAGUAGAAGGUUCCACCGCUUCCAGUGAUUAUCAGGAAGCUGAUAAAGCAUCCGUUUCGAGUGAAACCGACAGUGGUGUAGUAUGUGGAUCAAGGCCAAAUAGUUAUGCGGGAACGCCUGCCGCCCCCGUAUAUCCAACGUCUUCAUUUACUUUAACAUGUCCUUUAUGUAGUAAACAAGUGUGUUUGGACGAUAAUGGAGCCGAAGGUCUUCCACCGUUCCGUGUCAUGCGGACUAUUGUGGAGCGUUUUGGCGGGGUCACUGGUGCGCCGCCUGCCGAAGAGGCAUGUCAAAUGUGUGAAGGAGAGCGUCGUGCGGCCAUAGUUCGCUGUGAGCAGUGCUCUGUGAGGUACUGUGCUGGUUGCCGAGAUGCUUGGCAUCCAACACGCGGACCACUAGCACAGCAUGAACUAAGAACACUGGGUACCACAUGCAUUGAUCAUGGUUCUUUACCAGUGCUCUAUUGUAAUACAUGUUUGCUGCCAAUCUGUCAAUGUUGUCUUACAGAAAGACAUUCAACACAUGAAACACAACCAUUGUCAAAUGCAGCUAGGGCUCAUAAGACUGAACUUUCACAAUCACUGCAGCAGCUUUCUGAACAAGCCAAAGCUAUGACUGAGUAUAUACAACUAGUCAAAGGAACAGGGGAUAAAAUGAAUGAGUCAUCUGAAGAAUUAGAACAACAAAUCAACCAAGCUUGUAGUGAUGUGAUUAAUGCUGUGGAAGUAAGAAGAGAUGAAUUACUCCGUGCAGCAAGGAACACCCGGUCACAAACUGUUGCUAAUAUGCGUAUGCUCACAUCACAGGCAGCACAAAAGCUCCGAGAAGCUACAGCCUUACUGCAUUUUUCUAUAGAAGCGCUUAAAGAAUCAGACCAUGCAGCAUUUUUACAGGUGGGGAACAUACUGUCAGUGCGAGCGCAGCAGACGGCAUCGAAGCUGUGCUCGGCCGAGCCGCCGCCGGCGCCACCCGCGCUCACACUGGACACUGAGCCUGUGCUGCGCACCGUCCGCACCAUGAACUUCAUUGAGUGCAUUCCACCGGAGAUGGAAAUGCGAUCGGCAGCUCCGGGUGCGCCGACGCUGGCGGUGGAGGCGUGCGUGGCGCGCGGUUGUUCGUGCACGCUCGCAUGGCGCCCCCCCGCGCCGCCCGCGCGCGCCGCCGUCCGCGGGUACGUGCUCGAGCUAGACGACGGGCUCGGUGGACCCUUCCGGGAAGUCUACUGUGGUAGGGAAACAGUAUGCACCAUAGAUGGUCUGCACUACGCGUCCCUGUACAGCGCGAGAGUCAAGGCGUUCAAUGGCGCUGGAGAAGGCCCUUACAGCGAAGUAAUUGGCUUGCAAACUUCACCUGUGGCGUGGUUCACGUGGGACGUGCGGUGCGGCUCGGGCGGCUCGUGCGGCUCGGGCGGGCUGUCUCUCAGCGCGGGCGGGCUGAGUGCGCGCGCCGCCGGCUGGCAGCCGCGCGUCGCGCUCGCCGACCAGCCGCUCGCGCGCGGCCUGCACUACUGGCGCCUGCGCCUCGACCACUACGACGGCGACGCAGACCCGGCCUUCGGCAUCGCACGCGCCGACGUCGCCAGGGACAAGAUGCUCGGGAGCGACGCCCUCGGGUGGGCGAUGUACAUCGACGGGUCGCGGUCGUGGUUCGUGCACGGCGGCGCGCACGGAGGCCGCGCGGCCGGCGGCGUGGCGGUGGGCUGCACCGUGGGCGUGCUGCUCGACCUCACCCGCGGCACGCUACGGUUCACCGUCGACGACCGCCCGCAGGGCGAGAUAGCGUUCACGGGACUACGUGGCGCAUUCUACCCCGCGGUGUCUCUCAACCGUGGCGUAGCCGUCACGCUGCAGCCCGGCGUGCAGCCGCCUCCCGAACUGCUGCUCUCGCAGCUCUCCGUCGAGUAACCUGUUCCACCCAGUAUUGGCAACUCUCAAAAACAACUACACAGACUACAAAUUAUUUAAUAUCCGAAUUAAUCAUCGUUUCGAUGAAAAAAUUGUAUGUGUACUUAUAAGUAACUUAUCAUAACAAUUUAGGAAAGACCAUCCAAUAAAUAAAGAAAUUAACGUCAUGUCACAAAUUAUCUGACGAUCGCAUUAUGAUUAUACGAAUUGGCAACCCUAGCUUCCCUUGGCCUAUGAUUAUAUUAUACUUAUACAAUAUAUUUCGUAAAAUUAUACAUCAUCAAAUCAUAUAUACUUUCUAAAUAAAUAAAAUUACACUCUAAAACAUGGUCUUGUAACAACUUGGGUCAUAAGACGUUUUACUCCUCUGGAAUAGCAACACAGCAGUAUUACGAGUGUAAUAUAAUUAUAUGAUAUCCGUAGUGCUUUUCAUGUAUAUAGGCGAGGGUUACCGCUUACCAUUCUGUAAUUAAUUAUUUUGUGAAAUAAUGUUUUAAUUCAGUAUACGAGAUAUUAAUCCAAUUAUAUUCUUUAGUGUAUAUGCAAUCAAUUGUAAAUUUGAAUGUAUAGAAUAACAAAUAAACUAUGAAUUAUCAUGUCUUCUUACAUACUUGUAAGAUAAUGAAAUUUACAUAUACACACUAUAUGUAUUACUAUUAUUAUGUAUUUUAAUAUGAUUUGAUGUUCAUGACAAUAACUUGUAGGUUUAUUUCUAUCACCGUUUAUUUCAAGUACAAUUCCAAGUAAUACGAACUUCCAUUACAACAAUUGUACAGUAUAGAAUUUGUAUAAUUACUAUGCAUCGAAUAUAUAGACAGCUAUAGCUCUAGCUGCCCACUAGACAUAAGAUUUAUAUAUGGCUAAUUUAAUAUAUAUAAAUAAAAGUAGGUAGAUUAUAAAAAUAAUUAUAUUUGUGUGACAAUGGCAUGGCUCAAAUCAUGUUUAUUAUUUAUUGCUUUUCUAGUAAUUACUUAGGUAAGUAUUGUAUCGAAAUGAAACACAAAUAUACAUACAUUUAGAAGUUAAUUUUCGUUAUUAAUAUUAUAUAUAAGCCAUAUCAAUUUUGAUGUUUAUGUUAGCAGUUAAUAAGGUUUAAUAUUAUUUUUUCACUGCCAUUUACUUGCAUGCUAAGUAACUAGUGUAAAGGGACCUGAACGAGUUGAAUAUUCCAUUACCCACCAAUACACAUUAUUAUUAUUUUAAUUUUACUUUUAUAUGUAUUUUAAUAAGAUGACGCUAUCCGUAACAAUAUGAAGUUUCUGUACGAAAAGUUUGUAUGUUAUCCGGCCUGGUACUCAGGGCGAUAUAGCGCACUAUAUCAGUC